AUGUCCUCCCGGGUAUUGCGAACUAUCGGACUCUGGAGUCCUGUUCAGCUGUGUGUGUGUGUUAGCACUUCACAGAGUCCACGGUCCCCUGUCCAGGCACCCAUUACUUUGAUUCCUUGGGAAGGUAGUUGGGAUCAGGAAGGAACAGCAGAGGGGAGAAGCCGCGUGGGACUAGGACUCCAAGCGGCAGCAGUGCGUGCAGGGCGGGCCGUCCUUACCUUGGUUGCGGAUAGUGGACUGGCUCUCCAGGCAGCUGGGCAGGUAGGGCGCAUUGGGGAACAUCCUGGCCUGGCCGGAGGACGCCUGGCUGGGCGGAGGAGGACCGAAGGGUCCGUAGCGACAGGCCCCGGCUGUACCGGUGAACUGGCCAGAGAAGUGCAAAGUGAAGGCGCUCAGACAUUGCUCCUCGUGCGGCUCGGCGCCGCCCCAGCUGGGCUCCUGUUUGAUGAAGGAGUGGGGUGGCGGCGGAGGUGGCGGCGGAGCGGGCGGAGGCGCGGGACCGCCCAGCGACCCGUAAGCCGAAGCACCCGGAGGCGCGAAGUCCAGCACCGGCGCCCACUGAGCAGCGCCGCUCACAGGGAGCCCGCAGCCGCCGCCACUGCCCAGCGAGGACACCGCGGGCAGGAGCGCGUUCAGGUCCCGCACGUCGGAACCCAUCAGCUGCGGUUCGGACCCGGACGGCCCUCCGCUCCUACGAUUCUGCGGGCUUUGGCCACUGGACUUGGCCCAGGUGCUGCGGGGGCCUCGAUUCCCCGGCUGCUCCUGCUGCUGAAGACACCCGGGCUCUCGGAGGAGCGUGUGCUGAGACGCCGGCUCCGGGACACACGUGGAAGCCGACUCCUGCGACAGGAGGAAGUCCAGGAUCGCGGCGAGGAGGCGGCGGGCCCGGGUCCCAGGGCUGCCGUCCUCGCUCUGGGUGGGUGGGUGAAUGAGUGGGUGGGAGGGAGGGCGGGAAAGGGAAAGGGGGAGCAGGCAGGGGAUCCGGUUGCGGAGAGCCCCCCGGGUGUGGGCGCUGCCUUGAACUCCUUACCCCAGCUGCCUGGCUGCCCCCCGCUUCCCAAAGCUCAAAUAAGAGGGGCCGGCAGCGGGGGAAGGAGGAGGAGCCAGGAUGCUCGGCCGCUCCAUUCACACAGCAGCCCUAGCCUGCCCCAGCAGCACGCCGCUCGUCCGGGGUACUCGUAGCGGGGGUGUGGGGCGGGCCCGAGGGAGCGUUCAUCUCAGAGACACCCUCCUCUCUAGCCCACCACGUGCUCUCAGCUGGCCUGUGUAGUAAACCUCCCCCUUGCCUUCCCAGCUGGCCUUCCCGAGUGUAGGCGCUUUAAGGCAAGGCGUUCUAGGGUACUCUCUCGCCCUAACUUCUCCCAGAAUGAAAGCGGUGGAAAGUUCCCAGCCAAGCGGGAAGGGGAAGCUGCAUCACAGGUGGAGGCCCUCUGGUUAGAUUGGACACACCUGAGAUACCCCCACCCACCCCAUGUCUAGAAGCCCAAGCACCGGUAAGCCAGUACUCUGGCACUAGCAAACCUUUGGGUCCUAGGAGAUCCCAUUCCUCCCACAUUCCACCUUUCUCCUCGGGGUAACCGUUUUUUACCAGAGUCCUGAGGUUCCCCCAACAGAUGCCAUACUACAUGGACUUGGGUGACCAGCGCUGACUGUGAGAACUACGGACAGCCUGGCCAUGGGGUGUCGCACCUGCUGCCCACCCUGAACCUCCUUCACCGGGGUUCCAGAAAAAUGAAGGGCCCGGAGAACUAUAAGUUUCCUAUGCUCUUUCUUUUUCCCACCACAAUGGCGCAAAGACUCAGGCCUGGAGAGGAUCGCGUUCUCAACUUUCUGUCCUUAGGUAAAGCCUGCCGAUUCAACUCAAGCCAGCUGAGGAAACUGAGGCGCAACCGAGGUAGGAAAAGCAAGCUGCUGUGGUUUGGAGCAAGGAUUGGUGUCUUGGAGAAUGCGAUCUCACUGUCAUCUGUAACCAACAGUUUCUUGGGCCACAUGAGUUCUGUAAUAUUUUUGAGCCUCCAUUUCCUUAUUGGUGGUCAAAGGAGAAAAUAUUGAGAGUAGCGACCCACCUUUCGGGGUUGAAGACGAAUUAUAUAGGAAGGUAGUGUUCUAUUUGCUCUAAAAAUCUCUGGGCUUUGAGACUGAUUUUGUUCAAAGACGUAUACAAAGAUUUUUGGUCAAGCUUAAGCAAAACCAGAACUUUCAAUAUCCGAUUCGUUCAGGGGUGGUUUAAACCACUGUCUCUGCUUCCUUAGUACUGCUGAACUAUGGAAGACAAGAGAGACCUUGGCGGUCUAUGUGGCUUCAAUCGUGGACAAAGUGUACCCAUCUCGUCUUAAACGGCGCAUCAUUAUUACAAGAUUAAAACAUCGCGUCUAGGUGAGGUGGGGAGCCAAGAUCUUUCAUCCCAGGGCUGUCAACUGCGUCUGGCUGAGUUCAGAGCCCAGCCGCUGCUGUGGCCCCAGGGACUAGUGCGCACGCCAGGGCCGCAAUCCGGCUGGUCACUCGGCGGCUGUUGACAAUUGAAUAAACAGCCGGAGCCCUGGGAUCCGUCAAUGGCUGAAGCCGCCUGCCCUCACCCAGGGCCAGAGAAUGGCGUGAAGGGUGGCCCGACCUCCAAGCUACUAAUCAUCUCAACCGCUGCCCUUGGGCCAAGUGUCCUGAGCCCCAAGAGCAGGACAACAGCGCUCUCUUUCCCAGCGUUUCUAAGACAGCAGUCUGUCUAGGGCUGCGGGGAAGGCGCCUGGAGCGCAGUUUCCGGACUGGCAUAGCUGGCAAAAAACAUAGCUUCAUUUUGCAAAUAAAAGAAAAACGUAAA